AGGAAUCCCUAUGAAGAAAAAUAUAGAUUAAUUCGGAUUGGAAAUCCAGCAUUUUCCACAAGGCUGUUGCCUGUCAGAGGAGCAGUUGAAUGUUUAUUUGAGAUGGGGUUUCAAGAGGGAGAAACUCACCUGGUUUUCCCUAAGGAGGCUUCAAUUGAGCAGCUACGUAAAAUCAGAGACUUAAUUGCUGGAGAGAGGACUAGCAGACUGAAUGAGUUGAGUCAGAUCCACAGAUCAGGAUCCUCUGAAACAGAGGCCAGCACUCGGACAGUUGCACAUCGGCCUUCAAGACCUGCUGACUCUGUCCUUGUCCCUGCCCAUCGGCAACCACGAACAUCACUUGUGCGAUCUCUUGAAAUGGCUGCAGUUAUCUUGAAAACACUUCAAACAAAAUUUGAGCAUUUUGUGUUGAUGUAUGAGAACCCUUCUCUUCAGCAGAAAGCACUAGCUUUGAUUCCCCUCCAGCAGUUGAAAGGAAAGGCUCAGAAAAAGCUAGCGCAAGCUACAAGACUGGACAAAGGUGCACAUGUGAAUGAAGAGGACUUCUUGUUGUUGGAGCUCUUGAACUGGUUUAAGAAUGACUUUUUUCGUUGGGUAAAUAAUCUUCCUUGCAGCAGGUGUGGUGGGCAGACAGAGCCUAAAAGUGACUACCUGUUGCCUACUGAUGAUGAUCUAAGGUGGAACGUCAGACGAGUGGAAAAUCAUUACUGCAACCGGUGUCAGUUCUGUAAUAGAUUCCCAAGGUAUAACAACCCUGAAAAACUUCUGGAAACCAGAUGUGGACGCUGUGGCGAGUGGGCGAACUGUUUUACACUGUGUUGCAGAGCUGUAGGGUUUGAAGCUAGAUAUGUCUGGGACUGUACAGAUCAUUUGUGGACUGAAGUAUAUUCGUCUUCUCAGAAAAGGUGGCUUCACUGUGAUCCCUGUGAAAAUGUCUGUGAUAAACCUCUUCUGUAUGAAACCGGAUGGGGAAAGAAGCUCUCCUACAUAAUAGCAUUCUCCAAAGACGAGGUUGUUGAUGUCACCUGGAGGUACAGCUGUAGGCAUGAAGAAGUACUCUCCAGAAGGACAGCACUCAGUGAAGCUACACUACGUGAAACAAUUAACAGACUAAAUAAAAAGAGACAACAAUCUUUGUCAGAAAAUAGAAAAAGAGAGCUCUUGGAAAGAACAAUUGUGGAGCUUGUUGAAUUUAUUUCUCCUAAAACGCCUAAACCCGGAGAAUAUGGUGGAAGGACAUCUGGUUCAGUGGCUUGGCGAGUAGCCAGAGGUGAAAUUGGUCCAAAGAAAAGAAGAGAAGUAAUUUUUAUUCCCUCUGAAAAAGAGAAGACAUCUAAACUCUUCCACCUCACUUACAAUAUAGUAGAAGAUGGUUAUACACGGAUUUCCAAUAAUAAUGAAAAAAUUACUGGGUGGGAAGCAGGUGUUUGGAAGGCAGAGUCUGUUUGGAGAAAGGUUGAGCCAGGUUGGAAAAUGGUUUAUUUAGCCCGAAAAGAGGGGUCAUCCUCUGCUUCCAUCAGCUGGAAGUUUGAGUGCAAGUCAAUUGGUCUGAAAAUAGAUAACAUUUCAGUUAGGACAAGCAGUCAGACAUUUCAGAGUGGAAAAGUAAAGUGGAGAAUUUUUUCUCCAACAGCAGAAGUUUCUCUGAUCGGAGAUAAAAAUCUUUCCUCCUAUUCAGACUUCUCUGGUGCAACAGAAGUUACGUUGGAAGCAACUCUAACUGGAGGGGAUGGUGAAGCUGCAUGGCAACACACACAGCUGUUUAGGGAGAGCUUAACAGGGUGUGGAGAAAAUUCCUUGGAGAUAAUUAUAAAACUCAGUGACCUCUGA